GUUUUACAGAAACUUUGCUGCAGUACAGCCGUCAAGAAUCUGUGCAGCAGUCAGACAAAAUACUUUCAGUUUGGACAUUAUUUAAACACAGCUCAUCGUGGGUUUGGCCUCAGAAUCUGUCUGAACUUCACUCCAGCAACAGGCAAUACCGUUACACAGGUUAACGGCAGGUGAUCCGCUGGGCCUGUGGCAUUCUGGGAAGGCACAUUACCUUCCUGUGUUGUGUGUACCAUCAGGAGACAGUGUCCAGAAGAGGGGGGAUUUAUAAAGUCAUCAUUUGGAGGACAAUUAGAAAAAUAAAUAAACACAAUCACAAAGUGUCUUACCAGUUGAAAUCUUUUUUUAAAGCUGUCGUGACCCGACUCAGGAAGUCACAACAAAAAUGGGAGACAAUACCAAGUUUAAAUAAUUCUUUAUUAAACCAGACUAGACCAAAUGAAAUAUUUACAAUAUAAUGUGUGGAAGUCAGUAAAGUCAGUAGUGUGUGAUGUGCAUGAGUGGAGUAAGUCUGUGUGUAGGUCUUGUGAAAUGCAAACAUAGCAAAAGGUAACUUAGUCUAACAUUCUCAAACAAAAUGGAGUAUACCUGUGGAGAAGGUCAGAUAAGAGAGAGCAGAGAGAGAGAGUGUGUGUGAGACUGCAGGAGCUGAAAAGUGGAUGGCCCCACUCAGUUGUAGGUUAUAUGCAGGCAUGUUUCGGUGCAGCAUUGGCUGGUUCUGCCAAAACCACUCCUACCCACAGAACGCACACACCUAGGAGAUAAACAUGAAAAGCAGAACACAACUUUAAACAAAGCUUUAGUUCACACAGUGAGUCGAUUAAAAUAAAUGAAAUGAUCCUAAUUCUAUCAAAAACAUAGAAAUUGGCAUGAUGUUGUUCAAAAGAGAUCAGGCAUAUUUGGAGGCAUAUUUAUGAGACAGCAUAAAAUCCAAUGUUCUCCAAUGAAACAGCUUUGCCAAAACAAAGUCUACAUUUACAGGGCUCAGUAUUAUACGUUUUGACGUUUCGUCUGAGAUGUGUAAAAUCAAAUAUAUCUGUGUGUUUGUAAUAAAUUACGGUGUGUUACAAACCUCACACUGAAAGUUCAGACGUGGCUUAUGAUCAGUUUAUAGAUUUUUAAUAAACAGAGCAGGGAGGGUGACGCGCAGAUGAGCAGACAGAAGGAUAAGCACUCUGUGCACAUAGGAGCGGUUUGGACAGCAUCAGUGUGUUAACAGAGACUGCAGUCUGCCAUGCCAUGUAGUAAACAUACUUUACUGGUAAACCAGUAAACCGUAGAGAAGAUUAUCAAUUUAACCUUUAGGUUUUUGUCCGUGCGCAAUAUGAGCUCUGACACGUUCCCCGACUUGCUCGUAUAGCUCUCUCUCUCUCUCUCUCGCCUAUUAUAAACAAGGUCCAGACUGUUUUAGUUACGGACAAAAACAGUAAUCACACAUACCGGUGUAGGCUACUACAUCUAUACAUCACAUGUAACAGGAUUAAAUGUAGCUCUAGCGAAAGUUCAGACAGGAAGAUUAUAUUUUGCACACUCGUGUUAUUGUUUAUUAUCAUACCAUGUCAAAUCACUCCUCCACGCAUGCUCACUCAUAACUUCUCGUAAUCAUCACCUGGUCACAUCUAUCCAAUAGCACUGCUCCACUCCCUCAUUGUUAGCCUAUCACAUUGCUGCUGUCUCUUUUAAAAAUGGCUUUCUCUUCCACUAGUUCAUUCAUGCCAUCGUUAUGAGCGACUUCAACCCAUCAGAUGCGAGGUCAGACGUUCACGUUAUCGUUUCAAUCUCGGGGACCCUCAGCUGCAGUCUCAACGCCGAUCUCCACCUGAUACUCUGUGGCUAACUCAAUACAAUCAAUCCAGCCAAGCAGCCAGUCCUCGGGGAAAAAACAACGCAUCAGCCUCCGCGGCGCAGCCUCUCUCUGAUUUUCUUUCUAUUAGCAAGAUCAGCAGGACACAGAGAUCUCCACCAUGUCCACUGCAGACCAGCUGCUGGAGCAAAUGUUCUCCUGGAUCGAGCAGAGGGAACAGUGUGCAAGGAAGCUGAAGAAGCUGGCCCAGGAGCUUGAGUCACUCAGAGAGAAAUGUAACGCCAGUGAAGUUGUUGGCAGUUCAGUGGCAGUGGUUGGAGCGGCAUGUUUACUUGGAGCCGGUGUGGCCACUCUGUUCACCGGCGGUGCAGCUGCUCCAUUGUUAGGUUUAGCGGGAGGAGUGUAUUCAGGCGUAGGUCUCGGCAUAUCUGUGAUUACUAAAAUCACUGAGCACCUCUCGUCAAGCGACACCAUGAAAGACGCAAAGAAGAUAGAAAGUCAGAGCAAUGAAAUUACCCAAAAAAUCCAGAAACUGUUCCAGAAGCUGAAGGAAGAGAGGCAGCAGGCGGGAUCCUUUACAGGCCCUGAUGAUCUGGACCGUCAUGUCAUGACUGAAAUCUUGGGAGCCAUGGCCAGACGAAGUGGAAUGCAUCCUCACUUCAUCAUGCAAAUGCUCCAACGGCCCAAUUUAUUUUUUAGUGCAGGAGCAGGCAACAUAGGGCUCGACCAGAGAGUCUUUAACCCUGAACUGAUGGUCGGACUUGCUGGUAUUUUAUCAUUUUUCACACUGACAGCUGGUGGGAAGGAAUUUCAAUUUCUGUUUGCCAAAGGAGGCCAACAACUGUUCAAAGAAGUCUCUAAAACUGGACUUAAAACAGCCCUUAAAGGAGGUGCCAUGGCUGUUGGGGGAGUGAUUGGAAUCGCGUUUGAACUUCCUGAGGCAAUCAACCAAUGGAAAGACCUGAUUGAGAAGAAUCAUGUGACUGAAGCGAGCCAAUCACUGAGAGAUACAGCUAACGACCUUGAAAAGAUCAGCCGCACUCUGAAGGAGCAGCUGGAUAAGAUCAAAAAAAUGUUUAAGGAGUUUGAAGUACUGAAGAGCUGCAUUGAAAACAGCAACAGGAGUCCUCAGCAAAAGGAAGACUUCAUCGAGAUUGUUAAAAGAUAUUGUCAGGAUCAAGCCAUCUUGUCAUGGCUGUUAAAGAAUUAUGAAACUGAGAUCUUCUUCAAACUCCUGGACAUAUUUUAUUAUAUAAAACAAAUGUUGGAAAAGAAAAAGGAGAAGACAGACCGAGAGAACAUCGACAUCAUCUUCGUAGCACAUGGAUCAAUUGAAGAGCCCCUGAUGCCAGCCAGCACUCUGCUCCCUCUGUCCACAAUCGAAGAUGUGAUCCUGUAUUCUCCCUGGAACUCUUUCAUUGAUUCAAAAUUGGCGUAUGGUAUUAUUAAAGGAAGCCUACAACCUCAUCACAGGAUCUUCGGCUGUGCACCACCUUGUCGCUGUCAAAAUUACUUAAACCAUCUGCCCACCAAACUGCCACCAUACUGGAACUCAAUGAAGAAUUCUGGCGCAGGGCUCAUCCCAAACAUCUUCAUUGAACCUCUGAAAUCAGUAGACCCAGCAUGGAACGGUGUGGUGGAGCUACGAGGAUUAUAUGGUCAACCUGGGACAAACCGAGUCUUCAUUCCAUACAAGUUCCCGAUGAAAAUCCCGUUCUAUGUUGUCACUCUGGCCCUGUCCCUGGUGCUCUUUAUCUUUCCAUUCAGAGCAACUGUCCACCUCGCAGCAUGUCUGGGUAGAUCCUCACAAGAAACGCUGUCUGGGCAGGUCGAGAACCUCAACAAGCAGUAUUCAUGCACUGUCGACGGCACAUACAUGUCAUCCACAGACAACAUGUUUUCUGAAGAUCCUGGACUGUACAGAGCCUUGCAGGCUUGGUUUGAUCAGUAGGUCAUUUUAGUGUUAAAACUACAGUGGACCUGAAAGAUCAACAGACCAGGAACACAAAGAGAAAGCUGAAGGAAAUUUAAAAACAAAACAUCCGGACAACACAUGCAAAUUAUUUAGGUU